GCUAAAGCGCCGGAAGUGACGCAGCUGGGAGCCUGCGGAGAGUGGCUCAUUUGGUUCCGGCGGGUGGAGGAAGAGGAGGCGACGCUGAGGUGGAACUUGAUUAUAUCGCCUUCUUGAUUAGAAACACUUAAUGGUGUGAAUUGUAUUGCAAUUUGGAAACCUGGAAACACAGUUGUAUUCUUCCACCAGCAUUCAUUCUCUCAGAGGUGGUGCCCAGCUGGCAACUGUUUUGGGGGUGACCCUGUUCCAUGAACUAUGGCCACUCACCAUAUCCGUGAGUACCAUCCCGAGGACUAUGAGACCGUGCGGGACUUGUUUGCAACAGGGAUGAGUGAGUACGUGCCAACCCUGUGUGUCCACAUGCUGAAGCAGCCCUGGGUGAUCCUGGUCCUGGCUUGCACCUUCUGCCUGCUGCUCACCAGCUCCAGGUCGCUGCUCCUGCCCAUCCUUGCCGUCACCCUUUUGUUGGCCGUUGGCCGCCAAAUCCUGGGCUACAUCUGGUCCAUGUACAUCGACCACUGCCUGCAGGAGGACCUGUUGGACAUCCCGGCCACCUAUGCGACUGACAAAGGGGCUUGCUUCUGGGUGGCCGAGGCUGACGACCGUGUGGUGGCCAUAGUGGGUGCCAGGCCUUCUGAGGAGCACUUGGGCGAGCUCAUGCUGAAGCGCAUGUCGGUUCGGAAGGACUACCGAGGCCACGGCAUCGCUAAGGCCCUGUGCAGGACAGUGCUGUCCUUUGCCCGAGAGCGUGGCUACCGAUCGGUCGUGCUGAACACCCUCAUGGUGCAGCACGAGGCCCGUGCCAUGUAUGAGGGGGUGGGCUUCCAAGUGUAUCGCCACUACGUUUUGCCCACCAUCUACGGCCACUUGGCCAAUUGCACCAUUUCCAAGUAUCGGUAUGAUAUUCCUUCUGUGGACUGAGGAGGGAAACUGGGCGACGGUCUAAAUUGGAUAUUUCAUUGCUUUUUGCCUUUGGGGCAUUAGGUAUAACAGGCUCUGGGGAAUGAAGAGGAAGGGAAGUGGUGGUGUGGGGUGUUGAGUCAAGGUGACUCAUGCCAUCAUUCUUUUGGGUUGUUGCAGUGGGUACUCACAGGCUGUAGAGGGUCUUUGCAAGGAAGGAAGCCAGAAAGAUAUCUUCUUUAUUUCACCUCUUUUUCUCUGU